AUUUGCUGCAUUCAGUAUAAUAGUUUAAUUUGUGAAGUGUACAUCUUAUAUUUUCCAAAAAAUGUUAAAAAAUCGAUAUUUCUAUGCCAUAUUGGCAUUGGUUCUGGUUGUCUUGGGAGUCGUAAUUAUAUUUAAAUUCACAAGUGUGAGCAAUGAGAUUCAUGCAAAUGAAGUGCUUGGCACAACAGCAGAGGUGAAUUCAAAUAUAGCUGAUAAUGUUAAAGAUCAAUGCGCCAGCUUAACACAGGAACUCAUUGAUGAAAUCAAAGCAUAUCAACCACUUGUACAUGAAAUCGCAAACGCCAUCGUCGCUGGAAAAUAUUCGGGGGAUACAUGGAAUGCAUUGGCUGAAAUGACGGACAAAUUUGGUGGUCGAAUGUCGGGAUCAAAGAGUUUGGAAAAUGCAAUUGAUUACAUGGUUGAUGAAAUGAAGAAAGCUGGAUUAGACAAUGUUCAUACGGAGAAUGCUACUGUGCCUCACUGGGAACGAGGUUAUGAAAAUUGUCAAAUGUUAACACCGAGAUGGACAAAAAUUAAUAUCAUUGGAUUGGGUAGUUCUGUCGGUACUAUAAGAGGCGGUUUGUUUGCUGAUGUUGUUGUUGUCGAGAGUUUUGAAGAAUUUGAUAAAUUGACCGAGGCGACUGUACGUGGAAAAAUUGUACUAUUCGUGCCAGAGUGGCAGGGAUAUUCCAAAACUAUGCAGUAUCGUUCACAAGCAGCCUCAGUUGCAUCGAAAAAAGGAGCUGUGGCAGCUUUGGUUCGAUCUAUUACACCAUAUUCAAUUGCAUCAUUACACACUGGCUCGCAAAAAUAUUCAAAUGACGUUAAAAAUAAAAUUCCAGUGGCAGCAGUUACCGUUGAAGAUGCAUACAUGAUGCUUCGAAUGUAUCGUAGAGGUCAAAAAAUAACCUUGCAUCUGGAAAUGGAUGACACAAAUCUGGAAGAUUUUGUGUCACGCAAUACAAUUGCGGAAUUAGCUGGCGAGAGAAAAGCUCCAGUUGUAGUUGUUUCGGGGCAUUUGGAUAGCUGGGACGUAGGUGUUGGUGCCAUGGAUGACGGUGGCGGUGCAUUUAUCGCAUGGAAAGCAUUACACUUAUUGAAACGGCUCAAUUUGAAACCAAAAAGAACAAUUCGUGCAAUUCUAUGGACUGCUGAGGAGCAAGGUCUUCAUGGCGCCAAAGCAUAUGAACGAGAACAUAAGCCACAUGAAAGAGAAGAAUUUAAUUUUUUCAUUGAAAGUGAUGUAGGCACAUUCACGCCACUUGGUCUACAGUUCAAAGGCAAUAAAGAGGCUGAGUGCAUUUUCAAGGAAGUUUUAAAACUGAUGUCGCCAUUGAAUGCAACCGAAUUUGAUACAGAAUUUAUGGGUCCAGAUAUUAGUCUAUGGGUCAAUCGUGGAUUCCCAGGUGCAAGUCUUUUUAACAAAAAUGAAAAAUAUUUUUACUAUCAUCAUUCGGUCGGUGACAGUAUGCUCGUCGAAAAUCCAGAUGAUCUUGAUAAAAACACUGCCUUGUUUGCUGCCGCCGCUUAUGUUAUAGCCGAUUUAAGUGUUGAUAUGCCAAAAGAUAUCAAAGAUUAAAUUUUUAAUAAUAAAAUAAGACAUAUGAAUGACAAUAUUUUUAAUUCUUUCAAGAUGUAGAUUAACUCAAAGAUUAAACAAAAUGUUGACACAGUUAUCAGUUUGAAACAAA